AUGGGGCCAAAUCCCACAAGUCGCAUGAAAAUGUUUACAACAUCAUAUUCUUCAUUGGAUCAAAUGUCAUUGUAUCCAGACAGCAAAAUUAAAGAAUAUUCUAGUCGCACAUUGUUAAUGAAAUUCUAUAGCAGAAUUCAACUGGAUGGCAAGUUUGACGAGGUUUGGGGUAGGGAGAAAGAUCAAUUUCCACAGCCAAUUGAUCCUAAUGAAGACCCCUAUGGCUACCUGGGAAUGACCAAAAAUCCCGAUGGCUCUAUCACACGCUUGUCUCAAGUUCAAACCCCUGGCACCCCUGCCUCAUCCGAUCCUAGCAAUCCUUUUCAAGUAUCAAAGGACGCGGAUGUUAACCAAUCUAAGGGCACUUGGGCUCGAAUAUUCGUCCCCCGAGCAGCAUUUGAUUCCUUCCCUACCACAAAAUUGCCUCUCAUUGUUUACUUUCAUGGGGGAGGCUUCGUUGUAUUCAGUGUAAAUACAGCCAUGUUUGAUGCUUUGUACACUCCAAUUGUUACUGAAAUCCCGGCUGUCGUCGUCUCUGUGGAGUAUCGUCUUGCUCCGGAGCACCGGCUUCCUGCAGCUUACGAAGAUUGCUUUGAAGCCUUGCAUUGGAUUAAAGCAUCAAACGAUGAAUGGUUGGAAAAAUAUGCUGACUUUUCUAAGGCUUUCUUGAUGGGCACCAAUGCUGGUGGUAACAUAGCCUAUCAUGUUGGCUUAAGUGCAGCUGCAUGUAUGGAUGAUCUCCUGCCUCUGCGAAUCAAAGGGUUGAUAUUGCAUCAUCCAUUCUUCGGUGGGACCGAGCUGACUGAAUCUGAGUUGAAAUUGGCCAAGGACAUGGUUAUACCGUUGACAGUAUGUGAUCUGAUGUGGGAUCUAAGCUUGCCAAUUGGCUUUGACCGUGAUCAUAGGUAUUGCAAUCCAAUGGCAUUCAUUACAUCAGACCAAUUUGAUCAGGUUAAAGCUCUAGGGUGGAAGAUUUUGGUCACUGGCUUUGAUGGUGAUCCGUUGAGAGACCGUCAGAUUGAGCUCUGGAAGAAAUUAGAAGAGGACGGUGUAUCAGUAACAGGUAAGUUUGACGAGGGAGGAAGUCAUGGGUACGAGGCUCUAGAUCCCGCCAAGGCUAAAGAACUGGCCAUUACCAUUAAGGACCUCGUAGAAUCUGCCACCACUUCUUGAAAAAGUCUGUGCUUGGGAUAUCUUACAACAGGUUACUCUCAAAAUUUAGUCAGUGGUUUUGUGUUCUUUAUUUUCUUCAAAAACUUUCAGGUUUACAAUUACAACAGGUUAGACCUGGGCUUAAACCAUUAUCACACGAUAAUAACCAUGGAAUAGAUUAGACCCGGGUUUAUUGAAGUAGCCAGAUUUAAACCCAGGUUAUAUCUGUAUCAAACUUCUAAAUCUGUAUUAUGGAAGUAAAUUUUAAUCCGAUGUCUCAUGCACCUCAACCCUCUGGUAACUCAUCUGUUUUUGUUGAGUUGGAUAACUACAAAUCUACUGGAAGUUUUGAAGAGUCGGGUUGCUCUCCUCUAACACUGGUUUUUCAGACAUUGAUUUCAGAUACCAGGGUUAAACUUCUACACAAGUUUGAGCUACUCUUUGA